AUGCUGUGCAAGUCCAGGACUCACGCAGAGACAGGUAGCAAACCAACGAGGAAAGAAAAACACAUCACAACCCUCAAGCCUCAAGACAGCCCCCGAAUUGGCAUAUCUCACGACGGCAACAAGAGCGUACUUGGUGGCAUCGUGAUCGGCUCUGGAAUCUGGGAGAUACAUACACCGCAAGAGGAGCAGGAGCAGCCGUUGCAGUCGCUGGAGCAGGCGCAGGAGUUGCAGGAGCAGGGAGUCAUUUUGAUUGAGUUGGUGGUGAACGAAGCGUGGCUUGAAGAAGAAAGGCUGUUCAGUGGGUAUGAGGCUUAG